AUGGCGAGGAAGACAUCUUCGGCUCGCCCAGAUACCCAACUUCGGUCGCGCAAGGACAGGACGACAAAUCGAAUCGAGAUCCCGCUCUCCUCCAAGCGGCGCCGCUAUGUUCCCGGCAGCGGCCCGCCCCUUCAGCGCAUCUCCAUACUGCCACCCGAAGACUCGACCGCCUACAUUGUGGAGCGCAUUCUGCUGCCCUCGCUAGGGCAUGCUGCCGACGGCAAGCCGCUCCCAAAGCGCAUGACCUAUAUUAUCGGAUGGCGCGAUCUCCCCGCCGCGCGGCACCUAGUCCCUGCCAUGAAGAUCCUUAACUAUGUCUCGCCGCGAGCGCUCGAGGAAUGGGAGUCUAAUAGGGAGGUAGAGCUUGCAGAAGACCGACGGAAGCAAGCCGACGAAAAGGACGUGGGCGAAAAGCAGGGCUGGCCGCCGGCCUAUAUUAAAACCGGGUCCCCUACUAUAAAAGACUAA